AUGUUUAUCAGGUCGGCGCCCCCCCUCUAUCUGGUCCUCUCCUGUCUAAACAUCGUCCGCUGCAUGGAAAGUGAACUUUGCUCCCCCGUCAGACUGGAUGACCAAAACUACGAGAACGGGGAUCUCGAGAACGACGUGGAUAACCUCCGGGGGAGAGCGGUUGUGAAAAUGCACGCGUUCGAGCAGGAUUUCGUGCUCGACUUACGCCAAGACUCCACCUUCGUCGCCUCCUCCGUCACCACGCACAAAGCCGAUGUCGCCGCAGACCUGCACCGGUGUUUUUACUCGGGCUACGUCAACGCAGACCGCUAUUCGUACGCCGCCCUGAGCCUGUGCAGAGGCUUGCGCGGCUCCUUCGGCUUCGCCGGCUGGGAGUAUUUCGUGAGUCCCGUUCGAAAUGACACAUGGGGCGUCGGGAGCGCGCACGUCAUCCGGCGCAGGCGCGACGGCGACCUCGGCGGCAACUCCACCUCCAGGUGCGCGGUGGACUCGGCGCUCAGCCCCGGCGUCGCGCAGUCCUUGGAGAAGUACCGGCACCUGAAAGACUGCGCCAACGUGACAGAGACGAUGCUGAAGCGAUCCAAGCGAUUCGCCUCCGUCCCCAGAUACGUGGAGACGCUGGUGGUGGCCGACGAGUCCAUGGCGCAGUUCCACGGCGAUGAUCUCAAACAUUACCUGCUGACCUUGAUGUCAGUGGCGGCCAGGCUCUACAAGCACCCCAGUAUCCUCAACUCCAUCCACAUUGUAGUUGUUAAGUUCGUGGUGUUAACGGAGGAUGAAAAGGGACCCAAGGUGUCCGGCAACGCAGCCAUGACCCUGCGGAACUUCUGCACUUGGCAGAAAAAGAUGAACAAGAAUAACGAUAAACACCCAGAAUACUGGGACACAGCAAUCCUGUUCACCAGACAGGACCUGUGUGGAGCCUCCACCUGUGACACCCUGGGCAUGGCGGACGUCGGCACCAUGUGUGACCCCAAGAGGAGCUGCUCGGUGAUCGAAGAUGACGGCCUUCCCUCGGCCUUCACGACGGCCCAUGAGCUCGGCCACGUGUUCAACAUGCCACACGACAACGUGAAGGCCUGCGAGGAGGUGUUCGGGAAGCUGAAGGACAACCACAUGAUGUCCCCCACACUCAUCCAGAUCAACCGCACCACCCCCUGGUCACCCUGCAGUGCGGCCAUCAUCACAGACUUCCUGGACAGCGGACACGGGGAAUGUCUGCUUGACCAGCCUCAGAAACCCCUGGCCCUCCCAGACAAGCUGCCUGGAGCAUCGUAUGGUCUUGAGCGACAGUGUGAGCUAGCAUUUGGGGAGGCCUCGAAGCCCUGUCCCUUUAUGCAGCCACCAUGUGAACGUCUGUGGUGCACAGGAAAGACCCAUGGCCAGCUGGUGUGUCAGACCCGUCACUUUCCCUGGGCGGACAGCACCAGCUGCGGGGAUGGACGGAUCUGCUUCCACGGGGUCUGCUCAGAUAAACAGGCGGUCCAUAAUGUCAGGGUGGAUGGGCGCUGGGGAAAGUGGGGCCUGUUCGGAUCCUGCUCGCGCACCUGUGGAGGAGGUGUGCAGCUGUCUAAAAGGGAAUGUAACAACCCAGUUCCGUCAAAUGGGGGUAAAUACUGUCAGGGGGUGCGGGUCAAAUACCGCUCCUGCAACCUGAACCCCUGCCCUCACACAGGUAAGAGCUAUCGUGAGGAACAGUGCGAGUCCUUCAACGGCUUCAGACUCAACACUAACCGUCUCAACCCCUCUGUGAUGUGGGUACCCAAGUACUCUGGAGUGUCCCCUGAGGACAAGUGCAAACUCAUCUGCCGGGCCAACGGCACAGGCUACUUCUAUGUCCUUGCACCCAAGGUGGUGGAUGGGACCCCUUGUUCCCCAGACUCUCCAGGGGUGUGCGUUCAAGGGAAGUGCGUCAAGGCUGGCUGCGAUGGUAAACUUGGCUCGGACAAGAGGUUUAAUAAGUGUGGAGUCUGUGGAGGUGAUAGUAAAGGCUGUAAGAAGGUGUCUGGCCUCUUCACCAAGCCCAUACACGGCUACAAUUUUGUGGUUUUGCUGCCGGUGGGAGCUGCCAACAUAGACAUCCGUCAGCGGGGUUACAAGGGCAUGGUGAGUGACGACAACUAUUUGGCUGUGAAAAACAGCCAAGGCCAUUACUUGCUUAAUGGGAACUACGUGGUGUCAGCGGUGGAGAGGGACAUCAUCGUGAAGAACAGCUUGCUGCGCUAUAGCGGCACGGCGGGCCUCUCUGAGAUACUGCAGGCCGUCAAACCACUGGGGGAGGCCCUGACUGUUGAGGUCUUGUCCGUGGGCAAGAUGACCCCUCCUCGCAUCCGCUACUCGUUCUACCUGGCCCGUCAGAGCAAGGAGGACAAGACCCUGAGGAAGGAGGGUCGUGUCCGCUCUCACAACAGCGUGCUGGCAGAGGAUGGCAUCAAGGAAAAGGUGGGAGACAUCCUGAAGGACACGUCCUACAGCAAGGAGGGGUCCAGACUCGGGAAAUGGGUGUCGACAGGAUGGGAUGAGUGUUCCGUGACCUGUGGCAGUGGGAUCCAGAGGAGGAUGGUGCAAUGUCUGAGGCCAGAUGGGAAGCCAGGACUGGACUGUGAUAGCACACAGAGACCCACAGCCAUGAGGGUUUGUGGCGACCCGUGCCCUAUUUGGCACGUCGGUGACUGGUCGCUCUGCUCCAGAACCUGUGGGAAGGGCUUCAAGAAGCGGCCAUUGUACUGCACCACCCAUACUGGGCGGCUGCUGCUGCCCAGGGACCACUGCACCAGUAUGCGCAAGCCACAGGAGCUGGACUUCUGUAACCUAAGACCUUGCUAGUGAUUAAAAAACACUGAACUCUUUGUAACCUAUAGCUGCCACUUUCAAAUGGACUGAUAUGACUCUUCCAUCUAGAAAUACUGCAGAGCGAGCAGCAGCUCUGCCUGUUUGGCAUAUGUCCAUCUGCAGCACGGGGCCAAUAGAGGAUGACGGAGGACACUUGCUUGGAAGACUUUUGAGAAGGCGAGCAAAAGAGGCAGGAGACGUGCUGACCAACUGCUGUGACUUCAGAAGACAUCGUGCAGGCCUGACUCUGAUGAUAAGAUGACAUGCAAGGUAGAAAAAAAAAAGGUUUUGUUAAAAUCAUUGUGCUGUCAGUAGAUACCAGAUACCCAUUUGCAAGCAAGUAAUCUAGUGUGUCUCGUUUCUGGAACCCAUUUAUCUGUCUUGGUUUUUCCAUAAUACAGGUUUCAUAUUUUUGUUUGGAAAAAAAGUGCCAAAGUAUAAUAACGAGGAGUUGGGAGAGUCGGUUCCCAAAAUGACCCACUUUUGUGUUUGACAACAAUGCUUACUGGGGAAAAGUAAGGAGGAGUCACAGUACUGAGUCCAUAUCUACCAGAUGACAUGUCUCAUGCCCUCGUACUGCACAACACCUGAUGGGGCUGAGACGUGUUUUGACCCCUCAUUUAGUCCUGAAAAGGAGUCAGGUUACCUUAGAUGAUGAGUUGUGAUGGUAAAUGAGUUGUUUUGUCCACCUUGUGUACUGCCUUCAUAGAGUACAUUGAUUAUUUUUCAC